ACUCACUAAACUUGCACAAACUUUGGUCAACCUCAUAGACUCAUAGCACCCCACCCCACAAGAAUACAAACCAACAUACUGAUUACUGAAUUGAUCACCAUCAACUCGAGCAGCUUUUCGAAAAUGGAGUCACACCCUCCAUCUUUCAACCCCAACCCAUGGGACCCACUUCCACCACCACCACCACCACCACCACAACCUCCCAACUUCCAAUGGGGGAAUACCGGAUUUCCCGGCGACGGUUUUCCUCAAUUUCAACCCUUUCACCCUCCUCCCGAUCACUCCUUCGCCGCCGCCGGAGGUGGUUUCAGUCAGCCGCCGCAGCCUCAGCCGAAAUCCCAUUUCUUAAAGAAGCGGAAAUUCGAUAGAGUUGAUGAUGGCAGUUUUGUGAAGCUUUAUGUUGGUGGGAUUCCUCGAACUGCGACCCAAGAUGAGAUUUUUUGCUUGUUUCAAGAGCAUGGAAAUGUCAUGGAGGUUGUUCUUCUUCUUGAUAAAUGGACUGGUCAACGGCAAGAUUAUUGUUUUGUGAAGUAUGCAUUCACUGAGGAGGCUGACAGAGCAAUAAUAGCUUUAAACAAUCAAUUCACUUUUCCUGAAGCUAUGGCUCCCAUUAGAGUAAGAUAUGCUGAUGGAGCCAGACAACGACAAGGUUUGGAGCGUCCAGUGCAACAUGAUUCCUGCCUUGCUAGACCAGGCUUGGUGCAAAAUGAUUUGGCCUUUUCUGGACCAGCAAUUGUCGGACAGAAUCUGCACAAACUGUAUGUAAAUGGCUUUAAUAGAGAAGCUUCAAAACGGGAGAUUGAGGAAAUAUUUUCUGCAUAUGGUGUUGUUGCUGAUGUUUACGUACUGCGUGAUGAAUCUAAGCAAAGCCGUGGAUGUGGCUUUGUGGGCUUUACUCAAAGACAUAUGGCUGAGGCAGCAAUCAGCGCGCUAAAUGGAACCUAUGUGAUGAAAGGGUGUGACUGUGCAUUAGCUGUUCGUUUUGCUGAACCUAAGAAGCCAAAGAAUGUAGAAGUCAGGCCAAUUCCAAAUCCUGUGGAUAUGCGGGGAAGUAGCAAGUCCAAUGCUCUACAUCUGGGUAACUCAUCAAAUUCCAUGCAAGUAAACAACACAGGCAUACAAGGUAACAGUUUUCCUACAGUGGGAAACAGGUUGGAGUGUCCUGCUAAUGAGAUGCAGAAACCACUUCACAAGCCAAUUUCACCUUCACGGUUUUCUCAGAUGUCAUUACAACACUCACAGCCUUUGAAGGGGAGCCCUCAGCCCUCCAGACAAGCUGAAUGUCAGCUUUCAACACCAUUGCAUUCAAACCAAAAAUCAAAUAACAGUAUAGAGCAGCAAAAUGAUGAUCAGUCACCCCAGACCUGCAGAGAUACUGGAUCAAAUUCAGUUAUGCUGAUCUCUGAACCUGCUCUGUGUCCAUCCAGAAGUGAUUUGUCAGAAAAUCCUAUAGACUGUGAUUGGAGUGAACACAUCUGCCCUGAUGGAUGCAAAUACUAUUACAAUUGUUUGACAUGUGAAAGCAGGUGGGAAAAGCCAGAGGAGUUUGCCCUUUAUGAACAACAGUUAAAAGGGAGGCAGGUGCAUAAACAUUCUUGUCAAGAGCCCCGUCUCUCAGCUUUGGAGGCUUCAUCUGUUGUAGAAGACUGUCAAAUCCAAGCAGCACAUGAUCAGAAGGAACCAUGCGAUUUCGAAAAGCCCCAUUUGACAAUGUCGUGUUCUGUGGAACAUGGUCAUGAGCAAGUACAGGCAGAAACCAGUGCACUUGGUGGGCCGUCUUUUGUUCAAUAGGUAGCAUCUCAAUUUUUUUCAAUUUUUUUUUCAUAAAAAAAUAUUAUUAUUUUGCUUUCCUUUUGCUUGUAACAACUUGGUAUUAGAUCUGUAUAUUAUCUAUAUAACGACCAGGAAACUGUAUCAAAAGGGAAGUUCUUUUUCGUGGGUUUUUUCUUCCUGCUAGCUCUGCAUUUAACUGUAAGUAUACCAAUGAUGUGCUAAUUUGGAGUUACGCAUUGAUCAUUGUUUAAUCCACGAUAAAUAUGGCGUGCAACCUUGAAAGGAUGUCUCUUAGGUAGAACAAAAAAGGCAAGUACUGCUGUGAAUUGUGGUAUAAUUUGUUGAAAUGCUGAUCAAUCUAUGGUCUUAUUUAACUUCCA